GGCACAAAGUCUCAGCUCAGACUCUUCAGUUUUAACUGCAACAUCAGCUUUCCCAUAUCUUCAAACAGCACUUACAAGCUUACAAGCCAAGAAGUCGUGCCAAGGCCCAGAGCUCCCCUCCAAAUGCGACCUUGCCCGACGGCAACCCAUCUUGCGCCUCCCACAGGUGCUUAGCUCGCCGGAGUUGUUUUAGCUUCUCAAGUUCGUUGAAAGCUGUUUGAGAUCUCUGAAAUAAGUCAACUUCGACGUCACCAGACCACGCACCGCCCCUACUGCUGGACAAACGAGGAUGGCCACCGACGGGAACCCUAUCCCCGCCGAGGACAUCGAGACGGUGGCGACCAUCACCAGCUUCAGUGACCACGGGAUCAUUUCCAAUGCGCUGCGAAGUCUUGGCGGCAAUGUCGACUCUGUUAUAAAUGCAUACUUUGACGAGCCUGAUAAGUUCGCGCAGAAGUAUGGCUGGGACGAGAGCGCCUUCUCCUCGGGUCUGGAAAGCGAGGCUACGCCGGCAAAUGACGCCACCGUCCCUUCAUUUGCGAUCCACGCGCCCGUUAUUUACGGGACCGAGCCAACGACGUUCUAUGGUGCACCCUCUCGGCCCCCGUCCAGAGCCACCACCAAGUCGCCCUUGAGCAAUGUGCCGGGCCUUACCCACAGCGAGUGCACAAUAAACACACCGAGCAAUCACCAGGAGGAGGAGGACCAGCUACGAAGAGCCAUCAACGAGUCGCUGAAUACCCCGAGUAUGUCCAGUCCCCGCAUAUUACCGCCCCCUGGCCCUCCUCCGCUACCACAACAGUCUGGUAUAAUCAGCAAUGAGAACACCUCCGUCUACUUUGGUCCAGCCAACCGCCCGAGCUAUGAGCCGAACGACUGGGCCAUAGUGCGAGUGGGGGGCCAGCUGACCGACCCAGAACCGUCUCUUAGAGCGCGGAAGGCUGGGACACCAGUGCUGCUGCGCUGCCGCACCGAGGAAGCAUGGAAGAAGCACCGUCUUGGGGCCCUUCUGAUGAUUCUCCACCAGAUCCCUACUGUGCGCAAUGCAUUGCUUCGGACCGGCGAGUCCCCAAGCUACGGAUACGGCAGCAAGAACGACUGGUGGCUCGGAAAGGCAAUCCUGCCUCCAGGACAAUCGGAACUCGAUGAAUAUGGGGAAGCCACGCUUCCCCCCUGGACAGACGAACUCCACCGUCUGAUUGCCUUUCUCGAGACAUCGGAACGUUCCUAUGGAACAGCGGACAUUCUUUCCCGUGCUAUGUAUCCGGAAUCGAGAUGGGAUACAGGCGAUGUAGAAAAAGACUUUUUCCAGAAGUUCUCCGAGUUGCAAUCGGCCGAAGGCCUCCAGGAGAACGUCGACACGCUCCUCUCGUUAGUCGAGAUAGUGGCCUUUGACGACUUGACGCUGCAGGGCGGCGAUUAUUUCGGCCUUUUGGACCUCCAGCUCAGCAAAGACAUGAACCCACCGCCCCAGAGUCUUUACGAUAUCCUGGACUGGCUGUUCUUUGUCGACCCGAGACUGGCGAGGGAAGACCCCCAUAGCGCCCGGAUGGCCUGGGUCACACGCGCCGCCGAUGUUCUCACAUUCCGCUUCCAGGCAGACGACAAGCUGCCCAGGCCAAUUGAGAUGCCAGAAACCUUUUAUCUUGACCGGUAUAUGAGUACCAACGGUACUAAAAUGCAGGAGUUGCAGAUGGACACCGUUACCAUCUUGGCGGCGCACGACGCUAUUAAGGAGAGGGAAGACACGUUAAUAAGGUGGACGAAUCCCCAAACAAACAAGACGUAUGACCGUAGGGAGUUAGCUAAAGCCGCUGUACGCCGCUGCCGAGAGAGAAUAAAGACAAUAAACAACCGCGCAUUUUGGAGGAACCACGAGGAGGCGCCUGCCGACGGGGAAGGGGACUACUAUCUGCCAGAUCAUGAAGGCGAGCCGAGACUGCUGCCGGAAGAGGCCAAGGUCGUUGCUCACUACGAGGCUAAGGCAAAAGAGCUGGAAGAAGACAUCGCUGAGAGGGAGCGUGUCCUGAACGAAACCACCACGCAACAGAAACAGUCAUUAGACACCUUGUUCCGCAAGAUGUCCUCGCUCCUUACAGAACCCUCUACCGACGAGAAAUGGAAUCCCACACGAAAAUACAUUCUUCGUGGAAUUGUCAAUGAGCCAAACACGGUAUAUCAGCGGAUACGGGGUCCAGCGGGCGAACUCGAGUCCACGGCUGCUGGGAAUGGUGCCGCAUCCGCGGAAGAGCGCUGGUGGAAAACGUCCUUUAGGGUAGAGGAUGCUACGGUGGAGCACAUUCCGAUAUCCUAUGAAGCAGUCAUGCGCGAGGCUUGCGCAACUGGAUGCCAACCAAUUGUAGUGUAUGCAACAGGCAAGGCCAUGGACCAAGAAAGGCUUCCACUCUCAGACGCACUGAGGUCGUUCGUUAAGCUCGACAAUCGGCACUUCAAACAAGAGGUCUCGCAGUCGGAGCGGCUAGGUCACGCGCCGGAUAAGAAGCGAAGCGCUGUCAUCGGAAACGACUCACAGUCAAAGAGACUUCAAAGAUCAUCCAGUAUGGACUCGAUGGCCACAAAUCACGCAUCUGCGGGGGAUUUUGACGAAGAGAUGCACGAUGCGCCCUUUGAUAGCGACUCUGUCUUCGGGCAAGCCUCUGACACUGAGGCGGGCAGGGCAGCCGGCCAGGAUGAUAAUAUUCCCGACCUCGAGGAGCUCCCGCCCCCUUGGGCAGGGGAAGCGCCAUUACCCUCUUACGACGAUGUUGCCAUGGAGACAACCGUUUCUCCGGCGCUUGAUCCCGAGUCGGCGCGGCUUGCCCAGGUGUCGUUGCAUGAUGUUAAGAGCAGCAGCCCGCCUCGGCCACCAGAGAUGCAAGAGCGCCCCAACGUCCCUUUCCUCACGCGACCGAAUAACGACAGUGCUGCUAACAGCAGUAGCGUUGCCGGCAAUUCUGCUGCUGAGGAGGGCCCGCUUAUUGAUCUUGAUGACGACGACGGAGACACUGCUGUCGAGCCCAGGGUUAAUGGCGUUCAGAGGCUCGCUUAGCAGCCGAGCCUAGAUGGUUCGUCACAAGUGUU